AAACCUAAAAUAAACUAAACCAAAAAGAAUCUAAGAAAAAUGUUCAUUUACCGGUUGUAAUUCAUUCGAAACGCAGACAAAAGUGUUUAUCAAUAAAGAGAAGAGUGCAAUAAAGUUGUGAGGUGAAAUAAACCAAGUUGGUUUUAUUGCUGUUUUGUUGUGAGUUACUUUUAUGAGAGUUCAGACAGUCGAGCACGAGUUCACUAGUUGUUAUAUGGAAUUUUUUAAUAUUAAUGAGUUUUUGUUUGACAUUUUCGUUGGUUUUCGCUGAAUAUUGAGCGCAAAGUUGCAAUUAUGGCUUCGAAUGGGAAUUCCGUCAUUGACAAGGUUCACGGCCGAAAUGAAGACGACCCGGAGGUGGGAAAGUUGCCCGACGAGGACGUCGACAGCAGACAACCGGCGGACGGCGCUGCCGCCUCCAUUGGCGGCGGGGAUCCGCAGCAGCCGGCCGCCACCACGAAGGCGGGAGUCGCGCAUCGACAGCGGCGGACGCGCCAGCACCGCUACAAGUCGCGCCCGCUGCGCGUCCUAGUUCGUCGCCUGCUCGUCAUGAGUGCGGUCGGUGCGGUCGUGGCCGCGUUCGGCGCCGGCGUUUGGUACUUCUUGGGCUGGCAAUCCGUGGUGCAGCUGGUGCUUGUCGCGAUUGUUGCAUAUCUCGCCACUGGGAAAUACAAAUGGUUCGUGGUUGCUAUCAAAACGACUCCACGGGAUCUUCAAGCACUUUAUGGAUAUAUAAGACUGCUGAUACAAAUCAAAGGAUUCCAACGCAAGGACAUAAUCCUUGCUGACAUAUUCAAGCAGCACGUGAAGAAACACCCGAACAAAACCUGCAUCAUUUACGACGAUCAAGAAUGGACGUUUUCCGAAGUAGAAGAGUACAGUAACAAAAUAGCGAAUGUCUUCAAGUCGCACGGGUACAAGAAAGGCGAUGUUGUCGCACUCUUUUUGGACAACAAGCCCGAAUUUAUCUGCACGUGGUUGGGUCUGUCCAAACUGGGUGUUAUUGUACCUCUCAUUAAUACAAAUCAACGAUUGGCGUCGUUGGUCCAUUCAAUCACAAUUGCUAAGAGUCAGGCGGUUGUUUUCGGUGCAGAAUUAUCUGAAGCUGUGCGUGAUGUAUUGGAUAAAAUUGAAUCAAAAGUCGCGCUUUACGAGUUGACUGGUUUAAGGGAACAACCAAAGUCUUUGCAUCCAAGUUUCCGUAACGUGAAUGGCCUUCUGGCUGAAGCUAAUCCUACUCCACCGCAGAAUACGGAAAAAGUUGGGUAUUAUGAUAAACUGGUGUAUAUUUACACUUCUGGCACGACAGGAUUACCAAAAGCUGCAGUUAUUACCAAUUCAAGGUACAUUUUUAUCGCUGCUGCUAUCCAUUGGCUCGCCCGUUUUAAGGAUUCCGACCGUUUCUACACACCACUUCCACUUUAUCACACAGCAGGUGGCUGCAUGUCCACUGGUCAGAUGCUUCUGUACGGCAGUACGCUCGUGAUAAGGAAGAAAUUCUCCGCGUCUUCCUUCUUCCCAGACAUUCGCAAAUAUGACUGCACUGUUGCGCAAUACAUUGGUGAAAUGUGUCGCUAUGUACUCGCAGUUAAACCCAACGAGGAGGACGGUAAUCACAAAUUGCGUUUGAUUUUUGGAAAUGGUCUACGUCCGCAAAUCUGGGAGGAAUUUGUUCAAAGAUUUAACAUUCCACGCGUUGCUGAAUUCUACGGAGCGACUGAAGGCAAUGCGAAUAUUGUCAAUGUGGAUAACACUGUUGGUGCGAUAGGUUUUAUCUCAAGGAUUAUUCCAGCUGUGUAUCCUAUAAGUAUCAUUAAAGUGGAUCCUGUGACUGGUGAACCAACAAGAGACGCGAAUGGGUUGUGUCAGUUGUGUAAACCUGAUGAACCUGGGGUUUUUGUUGGGAAAAUUGUACCUGGAAACGAAUCGAGAGCAUUCCUUGGAUAUGUCGACAAGGCAGCUUCGCAGAAGAAAAUUGUGCAUGAUGUAUUCGCUCGAGGAGAUUCCGCUUUCUUGUCAGGGGAUAUUUUGGUAGCGGAUGAGUUAGGCAACUUGUUCUUCAAGGAUCGUACUGGGGAUACUUUCAGGUGGAAAGGAGAAAAUGUUUCUACUUCGGAAGUUGAAGGCGUGCUUAGCAACAUUGCAGAGUAUAAAGAUGUCGUUGUGUAUGGAGUUGAGGUUAGAGGAUCAGAGGGACGCGCUGGUAUGGCCGCCAUUUUGGAUACGGAGAAUACUUUGAAUAUUCAAUCAUUAUCUGAAGGAAUUAAGAAGCAAUUGCCAUCCUAUGCACGUCCAAUGUUUUUGCGAACGCUGACAAAACUUGAUAUGACUGGAACAUACAAACUGAAGAAAGUGGAUCUUCAAAAAGAAUGCUACGAUCCGAACGUGAUUAAAGACAAACUUUACUACUUGGACGCGAAAACCGGCCAGUAUCAGCCGCUCACGCCCGACGUGUUCGAGAAGAUCAACAGCGGCGUCAUAAGACUG